AUGGAUAUACAAAGCGGUACUAGUACCAAGGUUAACAUAUGCUGCUGUUGUUUGGUGGCCCAGAGUGGAAAAGAUGGAGUCAAAAAACCUACUAAAAGCCUACAAGGUAAUUACUUGAGAGCUGCGCUAGGGAUUAUAAGAACGACACCAACAGAAGCGCUGGAAGUGGCGCUCUGCAUUCCACCUCUAAGAUUGACUAUCAUCAGCGCUGCCAAACUCACAGCAUAUAGACUAAGGUGUCAGGGGGAGUGGAGAGAUUUCGAAGUAGGUCAUACCAGGCUCGAGUUUCUUCAUAAACCUCCCUUUACCUUAAAGCAAGACAGAAUAUCCAGAAUACGUCAGGUGGACAAGGCGUUCUCCAUAAACUUGACCACCAGGGCGGACUGGAAAAACAGAAAUCUUCAGAUCCAGCCGGGCACUCAUGCAUGGUUUACUGAUGGAUCUGGAGCAAACGGCUGCUAUGNAGCAGGCAUCUAUUGUCCAGGAUCUAAUCAUAGAGAGUUUUUCUCUCUGGGUAAAUUGGCCACGGUCUUUCAAGCGGAAGUCCUGGCCAUUCUGGAAUGUGCAAGACUCCUACUCUCAAGAGAGACGAAAACUAGGAGGAUCAAUAUCUAUACGGAUAGCAAAGCAGCCAUAGGAGCUUUUGCUAAGACCACCACUGAAUCUUUAGUGGUUUGGAAUUGUAUGCAAGCUCUAAACAGAUUGGGCGAGCAAAACAACAUCACGCUUGUCUGGGUACCUGGCCACCAAGGUAUCCAAGGCAAUGAAGUGGCUGAUAGUCUGGCAAAACUAGGUACCUUAGAGGAACCAGUCUGCCAGAUAGUUGGAGUUUCCUUUGCAACAGGGAAAAACCAUAUCAAGGACUGGCUGACAAGGGAGCACAGGAUCUCUUGGGAGAUACUGAAGAGCUGCCGCCAAGCUAANGACCUGAUGACUCAGCCAUUGCCAGGUAGGACAAAGGAACUACUGACAAUGAGUAAGUACAGACAAAGACUGUGUAUCGGUCUUCUCACAGGGCAUUGGGCCUUCAAGGCACAUCUAUUCAACUUAGGCCUAGUUGAGGAGAGUAGUUGUAGAUUCUGCGGCGAGGAAAGGGAGGACAGGGUGCACAUAUUGUGUCGCUGCCCGUCUCUAGCACUCAAGAGAUUCAGAUCCUUGGGCUCCAUGUUUGUGGAGCCCGAGGACCUGAAAAUAACUAAAAUCGGCCAUCUGUGUAACCUGGCAGCAAAUGCCGGGUUUUAG